UUUAAAUUAAAAAGGAGCACUGGGGAUCGUUAAAAAGACGUAGCAAAAGCUGGGGAAGGAAAGCUGAGAGCCUGGGACACCCAACCCCAACCAGCCUCUAUCGCUGCUUUGUUCCAUAUUUAGCCCCCGACAACUGUCUCCAGCGCAGGGACUCCCAGCUCUGUUUUUCCCCUGCCCCCUGCACUCCCCGAGCUCUCUGAAAUUGCUCUUUUUCCCGGUGGCUGUAACUGACUGCCCCUACAGCCGAGAAGAUGGCAGAAAAGCAGGAGGAGCCCAGCAACACCCAGAAUGGUGAACCCGACAACGCAGAGGAGGGCGAGGGGAAAAAGAAGAAGAAAGUGAAGAGGGAAGACCUGCCUCCGUUUGAGAUCGUGACAGGGGAACGCCUCCCAGCCAUAUUUUUCAAGUUCCAGUUCAGGAACGUGGAAUACAGCUCAGGCAGGAACAAAACCUUCCUGUGUUAUGUUGUAGAGACCCAAGGCAAAGAGUCGACGACUUCCCGGGGUUACCUGGAAGAUGAGCACGCAGCCUCCCAUGCAGAAAUCGCUUUCUUUAACACCAUUUUGCCAAAGUGUGAAUCGAGCCUCCGCUACAACAUCACCUGGUACGUCUCCUCCAGCCCCUGCGUGGCCUGCGCCGAUCGGAUCAGCGAGACCCUGAGGAAGAACAAGAACCUGCGCCUGACCAUCAUGGUGGGACGCCUCUUCAUGUGGGAGGAGCCGGACAUGCAGGCUGCCCUGAAGAAAAUGAAGUCUGCUGGCUGCAAGCUGAGGAUCAUGAAGCCUCAAGACUUUGAGUACGUCUGGCAGAACUUUGUGGAACAGGAAGAAGGAGAGGAAGCAAAGGCUUUCGUGCCAUGGGAGGACAUUCAAGAGAACUUCCAGUACUACGAGGAGAAGUUGGCUGAGAUUCUGCAGUGAAGCUCACGCCCAUCUCAGGAAAGAUCCACACAGAGACACAACUGACUUGGACACUGGGACACCCCUGCCUCCCAGAGCUUUGAAUCCAGCAGAUGCAGUGCCAGCUUCUGGAAUUUUAGGCCCUGAUGGAUGACAAAUAUGCGUACAACAGAUAUUUAGUGUUUGGAAUCUUAUGGUACUUUGUUUUGUUGUUCUUCUCCACUCAGCCCACUCCCCCUAAAACAAAACUGUGCUGUCACUGCUGCCAGGAACAGGCACUGAGCUGUGUGGUUAAAGCCCUGAAUGAAAUGCACUGCAGUGGAGCAACAGGAAUGAGCGUAGGCCUCACAUACCAGGAUUACUUGGAGAUAAAAGACUGCAGAACAAAGCUGCCGAUGUGAUAAACUUACUGACAAACAGCAUGCUUCAUCAACAUCAGAAAGAUAAAUAAAGUUCUAUUCCUCUGUCCUCCUCAAUAACAGUACCUGCAAUUUAAGUUACAGUUAAUUUCUUAAUUCUACAGUUAUGGUGGAGCCCUAAAUACUUGAUUUUGAAUGCAUCAGAUACAAUUUUCCCCUUGUUCAGUAUGUCUGUGAUAUAAACCUGGGCUAAGCAAACGAAAUAAAAUUGGAGCCUGCUGAAAAAAA